UGGAAGAGAACAUACGCAUAUAUAUAUUACCUGUGUAGCCUCAACCUUCACUGUCACUCGUCUGUCAUAGCUGGAUACAAUGAAGGUGGUAGCGGUUACCUGUACUCUCUUACUGCUGCAGCUGGUCGGGGCGCAGUAUGGGGAAGAACCAGAUGAGACGGCGCCUUACAGCGUGACCAGGAUGGGGCAGGACUACCAGGAGAGGGUGUACCAGCCGGCCAAGUGGGUGUGUCACGACAACCCCAAGAACUCCUACAGCUCCUCGAGUCAGAGGAAGUCCUUCUUUGCCCUCUUCAGAUAUAUCACCGGCAGCAAUGAACAAAAGGAGGAGAUGCCGAUGACAUCCCCCGUCACCAUGCUGGCCCAGACGCAGCCCGAUGGCAGUAAGCGUUAUCAGAUGUGCUUCUACCUGCCGGAGGCCAACCAGGCAGCGCCCCCGGCACCUACAAACAAAGGAGUCUAUAUUGAGGAGCGCCCUGCCCACACCGUCCUGACCAGGACCUUCGGAGGAUACGCCAUGCGUGAGAGCGUGUGGGAGUCACAAGCCAAGAUCCUGAAGGAGUCACUUCAGGCCGCAGGAGAGACUGGUGUCGACUUCUCAAGCUUCUACAGCGCUGGCUACGAUUCCCCGAUGAAGCUCACAGACCGCCGUAAUGAGGUGUGGUACGUGAAGGAGAACUAACGGGGCCAACAACUGCCUCCUGUCCUUCUGCGGCUGUGGCUCGCUGGGAUGCCUCCUCUUGCUCGUGCUGCUGUGCUCUCAAGGUGUGCUGUGGUGUUCGCUGUAUGUCUACUUCUGUGGCGACGUCUGCUGUGGUUACCGACGUGGUCACCGUUGUAUAGAGUGGAAGCGAUGCCACAAUGUCUGCUUUUGACAAAGCCACAACAAAUAGUUUCUCUAAAUUGUAAUCAUUUGCUUAAGUUUUGUUGGUUCGCUUAGUUUGUGUUAGUUGUCGGUUUGUAAAAUUUUCACCAAAGACGAAACCUGGAACCUUUGAAAGUAAACAUAAAUAAAAAUCCUAACUCUUUCAGAAUA